AUGGACCGCACCAGCAAUGCGCUCAUGGAGCGCGUCUCGUACGUUCACUCGAUCGACAAGGACACGAAGAACGCUGCCGACUACGACGACAUGAAGACGCCCGGUGAGAUGGAGGGUGGUGCGCUCCGUGAAGGCGAUGCCCCGGUGUACACGUCGCCCGAGAUCCUCGCUAUUCUCUACCAGUACGCGAUGAUCGGCAUCGUCUACGGCGGUGUCCCCGCCAUGAAGUUUCCCAUCCUCGCGUCCUACUUCCAGCUCGAAACCAACGUCUUGAGCUCCGCGUCCGCGCUCAUGACGCUCGGUUGGACCAUCAAGGUCUUCUUUGGCAUGUUCAACGACUGCUUCCCGAUCUUUGGCUACUCGCGCAAGCCGUACAUGUUUAUCGGCUGGACGCUGUGUGCUGCGAUUCUCGUCUACAUUGCGUGCAAGCCGGCGGGCGACCCGGGCUCGAGCUCGGAUGGCUCGCAGCUUGCGCUUCUCUGUACGAUUGUGGGCUUUUGCUACGUCAUGGCCGACGUCGCGCAGGACGGUUUGAUGCUCUCGUACGCGCAGCGCGAGCCGAUCGCGAUCCGCGGCCGCUUGCAGUCAAUGAUUUACGCGACGCGGUCCGUCUUUAUGGCCAUCAUCUAUCUCAUUUGCGGUCUCUGCCUCAACUCGAAGGAGUUUUCUGGUGAUUUUGACUGGGACAUUGGUAUCAACGGGUACUUCUGGAUCUUGGCCGUCCCGUCGAUCAUCAACGUGCCGGUGGUUUGGUUCUUUGUCAAGGACGCCAAGCGUGAGCGCGUUCCCGUGGGCAUUUACUUUUCCAACUUUUGGGAGCUUGUCCAGCACCGCGCCGUGUGGCAAGUGCUCUGCUUCAACUUUCUCUUUUCGCUUUUCACGGGCAACAUCACGUCGACGGCGACGUACUACGUGUCGCUCAACUGGGCCGGCGUCGAGAACCUCAACAACCAAAUCAUGGGCGUCGUCGGUCAAGCCGUGUUUGCGGUGGUCUUGAUUCUCACGGGCACGUAUGGUACGCACUGGAACUGGCGCUACGUGCUCGUCAUUACGAUCUUGUGCGCGAACGCGAUCGACUCGGUCUGCCAGUUUUGCACCGUCUACGAUGUGGUGCGCAACCAGUGGUUCUACCUUGGUGUCCCGAUCAUGGAGAACAUCCCGUCCGGUAUCAACUUUGUCAUUGGUACGUACGUCAUUGUCGAGCUCGCCGAAGUCGGCAACGAAGGCGUCAUGUACGGGCUUUUGACCACGGUGUCGAACCUCCCGGGCACCUUUGGCACGAUGAUUACCAACAUCAUUGACGGCUCGCUCGACUACAACAAGAAGCUCAUCAAGGCCGACUCGGACGAGACGCGCAACCAAGUCGCGUACUCGUACAUUAUCUCGUACUCCUUCGCGGUCAUUGGUUGCUGCUGGGUCGUGUUGCUUCCGCCGCAGAAGGCGGCUGUCGCCGAGCUCAAGAAGAACGGCGGCCGCCAGCCCCUCAUUGCCGGCAUCAUUUUCUACGCGCUUUUUGUGAUUCUGUGCUGCUCGAUCACGGGGACGCUCAUGUCCAUGUACGACGAGACGAGCUGUGCGCGCCUUGCCGGUGGUACGGGUUGCCCGCCCGAAAACUCCAAGAACUACCUCCUCGGCAUCUUUGUGCCGAGCGGCGUCGCGCUCCUUGCGAUUCUCUACAAGGUCUUUCUCCGCAAGUAG